UAAAUCAUAAGGAUACUGAGGAGACCCAAACACCAGCCUGGAUAUAUUACGAACAAUCCCAAAAAUACCAAACCCUAUUCUCUGUACCAAUCCAAUUCUUAAUUGAUUAAUUAUUAUUAUUAUUUGUUUUUUAAGGAAAAAAAAAAAUCAAAAUUUGGAAAACAGUUGGGAGUGUGGAAUUCCCGCGAAAGCCCAACCUACAAGAAUACCAAACCCUAGCCUCCAUUUCUGCGUCUCUAAUCCCUUUCCUUCACCCUCAAACUUCUGCACACCCUCUUCUUUCAUCUUCCUCCUCUCAAUCCUCCCAAUCACCUUCCCAAGUAAAGCAUCCUUCCUCUGCUAUAUACAUCACCAUGUCCAUCCAUCCAAAUAAAAACCCAAAUCCUCCCACAAACCUUCCAAAACUCUUCCGCAAUUUCUCCUUACUUUCACUUCUCUUUCUCUCUCUCUUUUUACCCCAAAAUGGCUUCAGAGCAAACCCAAGUUUCUUCUUACCCCAAAUUGGCCUCAGAGCAAACCCAAGUUGCUGAAUCGCCGGUUACCGUUUUCAAGUACUCGAAAAGGGUAAUCUUGAAAACUGUAGUGGGUCGCAGCGAUGGAGGAUUCGGAUUGGUUGGUGAGACAAUUUUGGUUGGAGGAUGGGUUAAGUCCUCCAAAGAGGUGAAGAAAGAACAACCUGUGCAGACCUCGGAUGUAAAAGUUGGUAUGGCCGAACCACAUGAUGUGACCUGUGUGGAAGUUCUUCAAUCUCGAAUACCCUUUCUUCGCUCCAUAUUGAAGGUUUUUGGGGGAGGCCAUGUCCAGAUCCGUGAGAAGUUGGAUUCUCUGAUUAAUAGACCCCCAACACCCUCUAAUGCUUUCUUGCAAAUUAGUGAUGGUUCUUGUGUUUCAAGUCUUCAGGUUCUUGUUGAAUCAUCGAUAGUCCCUCCUAGCCAAAUCAUGCCUACUGGAACUUGUAUAUUAGUUGAAGGUGCCUUGCAACAACCAUCAGGAGUGGGAAAACAUGUUAUUGAGCUCAAAGCAGACAAAAUUCUGCAUCUUGGAAUAGUUGAUCCGGAUAAGUAUCCGUUAUCAAAGAAAAGAUUACCAUUGGAUAUGUUAAGGGAUUUCUCUCACUUUCGUCCAAGAACUACGACGGUGGCAUCUGUUCUGCGAAUCCGCAAUGCCCUGACUCAAGCAACUCACGCUUUCUUCCAGAACAAUGGGUUCCUUUAUGUGCAAGUGCCCAUCAUCACAACAACAGAUUCUGAAGGGUUUAGUGAGAAGUUCCAAGUUACCACUCUUUUAUCCAAAGAAAUAAAAAAAAGUGAGCAAAGUGUCAUGAAUGAAACUGAAGUUGUCAACCUUGAAGUUGUCAAGGCUUCUAUCAAGGAGAAAAGUAAACUGGUUGAAGAACUCAAGAGAACUGAUAGCAAUAAGGAAGCACUAGCUGCUGCAAUUCAGGAUCUCCGUAAAACAAACGAGCUAGCAUCACAGUUGGAAGCAAGAGAAAAAUCAAAGCCUGGAACUUCACUUAAAACUGAAAAGGUUGACUUUUCUAAAGAUUUCUUUUCUCGCCAGACUUAUUUAACAGCUUCUGGUCGCCUUCAUCUUGAGAGUUAUGCAUGUGCCCUUGGAAAUGUGUACUCGUUUGGGCCCAGAUUUAGAGCAGAAAUGUCAGAAUCCAAAAAAAGUUUGGCAGAGAUGUGGAUGAUUGAACUCGAAAUGGCUUUCUCAGAGUUAGAGGACGCCAUGAACUGUGCGAAUGACCUUUUAAAGUUUCUGUGCAAAUGGACAUUGGAAAAUUGUUCAGAAGAUUUAACAUUUGUCACUAAACGGAUUGACAAAACCAUUGUGGAUCGCCUUCAAUCAAUGACAUCAAGUUCAUUUAAAAAGAUCUCCUAUGCAGAAGCAGUGGAGGUUUUAAAACAGGUAACUAAUAAGAAAUUUGAAGCAAAAAUUGAAUUUGGUGCAUCUUUGACUGAAGAACAUGAAAGUUAUUUGGCAGAGGAGAUAUAUCAAAGUCCAGUGAUUAUAUACAAUUACCCAAAAGAACUGAAACCAUUCUAUGUUCGCCUGAACGAUGAUGGAAAAACAGUUGCAGCAUUUGAUGUGAUUGCACCAAAGGGUGGAACACUGAUCAGAGGUAGCCAAAAUGAGGAACGCUUUGAGAAAUUAAGUUCAAGGAUUAAGGAAUUGGGCUUACCCAGAGAGCAGUAUGAAUGGUACUUGGAUCUUCGAAGGCAAGGAACUGUCCAACACUCUGGCUUCAGUCUUGUAUUUGACCUAAUGGUUCUCUAUGCCACUGGCCUCAUUGAUAUUAAGGAUGCUGUCCCUUUCCCUAGAAGUCGAGGCAAGGCGAACAAUUAACUAAUUUUAUGGCAAAAUGAUCCAUCUAUAACAUAUUGGAGUUGUGUACAUAAC